AUGGCUAUGACACUUGAGGACGGAGGAAAGAAGCUCCUCGAGAGCGGCUAUCUCGCUGAUGUUACUGUUGAGUGUGGCAACCGUGUCUGGAAGCUCCACAAGGUUGUUCUCGUCACUCGCUCGGAGUGGUUCAAGGCUGCCCUCUCUGGCGACACCCAGGAGGCCAAGGACAACAAGAUCGUCAUCCGCGGCCAAGACCCUGAGCACGUCGACUGGAUCAUCAUUUGGAUCUACACCCAUCGCCUCGAGGCUCCCGUCCUCAGCAACCGCGAGACCAUGCACCAAGCAUGCCUCCAGCUCUACCUCACCGCGGACGUCUUCGCUCUCGCCGGCCUCCAGAAGUCCCUCAAGACACGCAUCAAGCACCAAAUGCUUCUCGAGCUCUCGAUGACCAUGGACAAGUUCGUCCCGGGCAAGUACUACGCCCACGCCGCCGACGAGACCAAGGCCGCGUACAUCGGUUUCUUCCGCGGAGUCCACGAAGCCUUCCUUGAGGACAUCGACUGGGCCAAGCGUCAGUACGUCAAGUUCGUCGCUGCGACUAACUACGGCCUCUUCUGCAACAACACUUUCCGCGAUUGCUGCAAGGAGAUUCCUGAGUACUUCGACAGCUUGGUUGACGGUUUUGUUAUCACCGCCACCAACCCCCACUGGAACGCCUUCGUUCCCCUGGAUAACUCUCACGAUGCUCUUCUCGAGCUCUUCAACGCUGUUAACGGCGUUCAGAACCAUCGCUUGAUGCGUGAGGAUUAA